CCUGGCUCCUAUCUAAUAUUAUACUUGUUGGGGCUUUGUCACUUCAUCAUAUUCCCCAGUCGUCCGGCGGCCGAGAACCUCAUCACAACCACGGCUCCGCUAUGGCGUCAGAGAAGAAGCUGUCGAACCCAAUGAGAGAGAUCAAAGUACAGAAGCUUGUCCUCAACAUCUCCGUUGGCGAGAGUGGAGAUCGUCUUACCAGAGCCGCUAAGGUUUUAGAACAACUCAGUAGCCAAUCUCCUGUUUUCUCUAAGGCAAGAUACACUGUGAGGUCCUUUGGGAUCAGGCGUAAUGAAAAGAUCGCGUGCUAUGUAACAGUCAGAGGUGACAAAGCAAUGCAGCUUCUUGAGAGUGGGUUGAAGGUCAAGGAAUAUGAGUUGUUGAGAAGGAAUUUCAGUGACACCGGCUGUUUUGGCUUUGGCAUUCAGGAGCACAUUGAUCUUGGAAUCAAGUAUGACCCAUCAACUGGAAUUUAUGGCAUGGAUUUCUACGUUGUUUUGGAGCGCCCUGGUUACCGUGUGGGCCGUCGUCGUAGAUGCAAAUCUCGUGUUGGAAUUCAGCACAGGGUCACAAAGGAGGAUGCAAUGAAGUGGUUCCAGGUUAAAUAUGAAGGAGUUAUCCUCAAUAAGUCGUCCAACAUUACAAAUUAAUUUGAAAGCAGUACUAGAAAUGUUUGAGAUCUAAGCAUUUUGUAGACAAUCAUCUGUUAUUUUUGAGCUCAAAGUUUUAGAUAUUUACAUUAAUGUGUGUUGAAGGCAAGUUUAUUUUAUCUCACUUUGUUACUUUUAUUUUUA